UGCAAAUGGUGGAUUGCGUUACUUUUUCUCGUGCUCCGUGUAAAAUAUUUACGUAAAAUAGUGCAAAUCUUGUGGUGCAGUGUUUCUGACUAACAGAAACAUGUCGGAAACACUGCCGAAUAACAAAAAACAAGUUUCAAGGCAACUGCGUGAACGUAAGCAGCGGAAACUCUACUCAGAUGAAUGGGCCCUCGGUGACGAUGAAGCAGAGGGUGGUCGAGGUUUUUCUCUUGCUGACAAGCUGGAGAGUCCUCGGUUUGAACACACGGGUGCCAUUGUUGAGAUGCAAGGCACAGACCUCACAGUGUCUUACCUUCAAAAAAAUGGUUUUACCACUCCGUUACUGUUUAAAGAGAAAAUUGGACUGGGUUUGAGAGUACCAACCAGCAACUUCACGGUGAACGAUGUGCGCAUGUGCGUCGGCUCUAGGCGCCUCCUCGACGUCAUGGAUGUAAACACACAGAAAAACAUUGAGAUGACUAUGAAGGAUUGGCAACGUUACUACGAUGACCCUAACAAAGAGAGGCUGUUGAACGUGAUCUCGCUGGAGUUCUCCCACACUCGCCUUGAGAAUUACGUGCAGGCGCCUCGCAUCGUGCGUCUGAUCGACUGGGUUGACACCGUUUGGCCUCGGCACUUGAAAGACCAGCAGACUGAAUCUACUAAUGCCUUAGACGAUAUGAUGUAUCCGAAGGUGCAGAAGUAUUGUCUCAUGUCAGUAAAGGGUUGCUACACCGAUUUCCACAUUGACUUCGGUGGUACAUCAGUUUGGUACCACAUUCUGAGAGGUGCAAAAGUUUUCUGGCUUAUUCCGCCGACUGAAAAGAAUCUUCAGCUAUACGAAAAGUGGGUUCUAUCUGGCAAACAAUCGGACGUGUUCUUUGGAGAUACAGUUGAAAAAUGCGUUAGAGUUCAUCUGCAAGCAGGUUACACAUUUUUCAUCCCGACUGGUUGGAUUCACGCUGUGUACACUCCGAGCGACUCGCUUGUCUUUGGUGGUAACUUCCUACACCAGUUUGGGAUAGAGAAGCAACUCAAAAUUGCUCAAGUCGAAGACGUUACUAAGGUGCCUCAAAAGUUCCGGUACCCAUUCUUCACGGAGAUGCUGUGGUACGUGCUGGACCGCUACGUGAGCGCGCUGCUGGGCCGCUCGCACCUGGCGGCCGAGGGACAGGUGCUGCCCGCGCCGCCGCCCACGCCCAAGGACCACGUGCAUCUCACGCAGAACGAACUGCACGGACUUAAGGCGAUAGUUGUGUAUCUUCACCAGCUGCCAGCAGCUCGUAAGUCAGUGCCAGAGCUGCUGACCGAUCCCAUUGCGCUCGUUCGCGACGUUCGGACGCUGGUGGAACAGCACAGGCACGACAAACAAAACUUGGCAGUCACUGGCGUGCCCGUGCUGAAAGGGCCUGACGAGUCGGUAACGGGCGAGCGGCGCCAGUCGAGCGGGCGCGGCGGGCGCGGCGGACACCGCGGCGGCCCCGCGCGCCCGCGCCCCGACCACGCCAACAGCGCGCCCCGCCGCAGGCGCACCAGAUGUAAGAAGUGCGAAGCGUGCCAGCGCACAGAUUGCGGCGAUUGUGUUUUCUGUCAUGACAUGGUCAAGUUCGGUGGACUUGGUCGGGCCAAACAGACGUGUAUCAUGCGACAGUGUCUGCAGCCAAUGUUACCCGUUACCGCAUCGUGCGCAGUUUGUCACCUCGACGGCUGGAUGCAGACACCUGUCGCGCCACAGGCUAAGGGUAACUCUGGUCGGAACGGCCCAUCAUCGCUCCGUGAGUGCUCUGUAUGCUACAGUAUUGUGCACCCAGCUUGUGUGCCUCCCGGCGGCCAGAUCAACGAGGACUUGCCUAAUUCAUGGGAAUGCCCAACGUGUACCACUAUGGGACUUAAUCACGAUUAUAAGCCGCGUCAUUUCCGUGCGCGUCAGAAAUCGUCAGACCUGCGCCGGAUGAGCGUAGGGUCCGAUGCGUGCCAACUGAGUCAAUACAACAACAAAAAUAAGUUACCGGCGCCUCCACCAUCAAUCACUGUCAAGUCAGAAGUUGGUUCAGACACUGAGAGCAAGCCUGAAGGCGUUGAUGCUAUAAAGGCAGAAGAGGACAUUAAAAAUGAAGAAGAACGGAAUGUUGAGGGAGGUACCGUUGGAGAGGGAGAACGUGAGGGCGAGUGGGAGCCCGUCACUAAGAAACGGCGGCCCAGCGACGAGGACGAGGCGCCCAAGAAACAAGCGCUGCGGGCACACCUCGCGCUGCAGCUCACCCAUCACUCUGCAAAGGUGCUAAAGAAGCCUCUAUAUCCAGUUCGGCCAGCUCCGCUACAGUUUACAUCCUCUACCGGCUCGCCGUGGCUAGAUCGCGAAGCAAUGUUGUGUGUGUUCGCUAAAUUGACACCCCACGAGCUUGCCACUUGCGCGCUGGUUUGCAAAGCGUGGGCCGAGUAUUCAAUGGAUCCGUCAUUAUGGCGCAGUAUGUCGUUCGUACAAGUGCGCGUGUCGGCUGCGCAGCUCGCGGGCAUCGCGCGUCGACAGCCCCUCAGUCUCGGCCUGGAGUGGUGCCAUCUAGCGAGGCGGCAACUCGCUUGGCUACUCGCGCGUCUUCCAGCGCUUCGAUCUCUAUCCCUAGCAGGUUCACCGGCCGAAGCUGCGCUGGCUCUUCGAUCAAGUUCAUGUCCACCACUCACUGCUUUGGACCUGUCCUUCGCGAGAUGUUUAGAUGAUGCAAAAUUGCGGGGAAUUCUCGCUCCUCCAGAGAAUUCGAGACCCGGUGGUGGAGCUAGAUCAGGCACAGAACCAUCAAGACUCGCGGCGUUAGCCGUGCUACGUCUUCCUGGAACAGACAUUACAGAUGUUGCUAUGCUGUACAUAGUUCAGGCCCUCCCGAAGCUGUGCGAGCUGGACGCGUCGUCGUGCGCGCGGCUGACGGACGCGGGCGCGGCGCAGCUGGCGCACCACGGCCUGCAGCGCCUGUCGCUCGCCGGCUGCCGGCUGCUCACCGAGGCCGCGCUCGACCACCUCGCCAGAUGUCCCAACCUCGUCAGAUUGGAUCUACGACACGUGCCUCUCGUAUCAACGCAGGCUGUAAUCAAAUUCGCCGCUAAAUCGAAACAUAACUUACACGUUAAGGAUGUCAAGUUAGUGGAGCUCAGGAACACCUGAUGCGAGGCCGAGUCCGCUGACACGGCGGACGAAGAAGUAUUGAGUGAACCGCAAGUAAAAGAGUGAACGAAAAGUGAUAUAGGAUAGUAAUGUGUUGGUGGCAUAGCAAACUCAGCCUGACAUGAACCAUUGAAUAUAUUUUCAGUAUAAAAUACAACUUUGAGUUUACAUUAAUGUAAGUAUCUCAUAGAAAUAUAUUCUAAGAUAAUACCCAUAGAGGUUAGUAAAGUUAUUAGUUUUAAUAUUUCUCUAUAUGUAUCUUAUUUCAUCGAGAUUUUAUCACAUUGACUAUUUGCCAAAAAGUAAGUAAUCGCUGUAAGGUAAAAUUUUAUGUCAUUUACAUUUUGCACAUAUCAAAAUAUGUCUAUGCUAUCAACAUAUAUUUUGUGAAAUGUAAUGACAGAAAAAGACUUGUUUGAAUAAUUUGUUGGAAGUGAUAAUUUGAAAUAAAAUAGUUUCAGAUAGGUCCCUGGGGGCUCUCGUUCGGUCUUGUAAAUAGUGAAUAGCAUUUUAGUAUCUCAGAAGGUUAUCAAUUUUCUUCCAACAUUAUAUCUCCUUAAUAAAUGUAAACACUUAAAGGGCAUAGCUAGUGUUAGGUUUCGCUCUGCCAAUUUCAUACUGAUUUCUUAUAUCUCCUGAUGGAUUCAAUUUAUUUUGAGUUUUGGAGCUUUGUACUUCCCAUAAAUCAAUAACAGCUAUGCCUAUAUGCAACCAAGCAUAUAUAACCAAAUAGUAGAUAUAAUAAAUAAACAGCUGCAUGCAUUGUUUUCUUGAAUUUACAAUGAAUACAGUACUGGUUAUUUUCACUCUGUUAAAAAUUAUCAUAAGAUAAAGUAGGAUUUUCUCUCUUAUUAAUUUUUUGCAGAUUUCAAAAGAAUUUGAAUGUACCAUAGAAGUUUAGAUGGUAUGUAUGUUUCGUUGCGUUUAUUACUUCAAUUAUCGAGUUUACUAUGGCAUUUCUUUGUUUAUGCCUUAUACAAAUUGAAAUUGAAUAUGUAUAUUUCAUCGUUUAUUUAUGGAAGGAAAACAAUUGAGUCUAGCUUUUCAUCUGUAUCAUGACUUUAAAAAACAGUUGUUUUGAAUACCGAAAGUUUUAAGAUUUCUACUUUGGUUUUUUAAAAAAUAUAUAUGAUUCUUUUUUGUAACUCAUAUGGAAACAACCAUGAAACAAUAAAGCCUAAAAUGCUUAAAUCUUAAUCAAAAUGACAUAUUGAAAGUUAAAAAUUAUAAUUUUAUUGCAUGCUGUUGUAUUGGUAAAUAUUUUAUUGUUAUUUUUAUGUACCCUCUUCCAUAAUGUUGCAAUUUAAUACAUUAUUUUCAAUUAUAAUUUUUUUUUGUGUAAAAAAAAUGUAAGAGACAAGUAAUAGCAAGAUUGCAUAUUUUUAUUUGAUUAUUUGACCCAAUUUUAGUUUGAAAUUGAAAUUUUCGGCUUAGUCUAGUUUUGUUAUACAACUAAUUGUAUAACAAAAUAUAAAACUCUUUAAUAGUAAAUUUUGUAAAUCGAUUGUGUAUUUGUCUUUUUAAUAUAUAUAACCUUUUGUCUUUUUCUUUCUAAUGUGAAAUUACUGAUGAUAGAGAGAGAAAUCAUUGUAUAAAUUUUCACCCACUAUACAAUGUUUAUAAGUAAGGCCGUUAUAAUAUUAACAUUGAAUACAUCAUUUGUAAGCACUGCAAACUAUAUAUAAAAUUUAUUUGAUUCUGCCUGAAUGGUAUAUAAGAAGAGUGUUAUUUUAUUUUCAUAAAUUUGUAAUGAAUGUUUGUAAUCUAGAGUUGGGUCAAAUGAGAUGAUUCGUUGACAUUAAAAUAUCAAUACUUAGAAGCUGGCUUAAAAUAAUUAUAAAUGUGUAAAUAUAAAAAUAUUUAUUACUGCACUUACAAACACGAAGCAUAUAUUUUAGUUUCAUGACAAUUUUUAAUAAUUGCUUGUAUUCUUUUUAGUUCUAGUCGCUUAUUAGAUUUAGGCCGUUGUUAUAAAUAGCUCUAAUAGUGACCAAUGUUAGUGGUUUUAUUUCAAAACAUUUGAGGCUAUGGAAAUCGUUUAUUAAAUACCAUCAUACAAUAUUAUAUCGUGAAAGAAAUUAUAUCGAAAAUGUAAUGACAUCCAGCGAAUUUAUAACAGAACUGUGUAAAUUUGUAAUUAAAUUUAUAAAUCAAAUAUAAAAUUUAAUGUAUUGUACAUAGUUUAUUAUUAUUUCAUUUCAUCGGAUCCAUGAAUAGUUGAAUUAUGAUAAUGAACACAAGGUCUAUUAAAAAAAAAAUCGUUGUGAAAAAAGAGGUAAAAUACAUCAAUGAAUAAUGAUAGUCUAUAAGUUAACCGACUCUGGUCACAGUAUGCAAGGUCGGAGGGCCGCCUAUAGUAUUAGUUUAGUAAAAAUAUCCUUUUCAUCUUGAUUAUUAAUUAUACUAAUGUACAGGUAGAGUAUACGUGGCGAUUGUUUUUAAUAGUACAUUUAAAAACAGGGAAAGUAUUUGUUUAAAUGUUUUAAAUUUCAAUAUCUAAAUUCCUAUAAAAAAAAUUGCCAUGUCUAUUUUUUAUGUACAUUAUUCCAAGUGUCACUUGGUAAAUUAUAGGCUCUAUGGAUAAAUGAUUAGAUGUAAGCAUCGUGUGCCUCUGUGUAUAAACCAUUAGAAAAAAAAAUAAAAAAUAAAUGUAAUAAAUAAAUAAUAUUAUCAUUAAUCAUAUAAAAGUUGCUUUUUGAAAUCAUAUAAAUGAUGAAGUUGAUGAUUUCAUUAAAUUUAAACUUAUCAAAUGUAACAUAGAUAUUAUAUAGUUUUUUAAGUGUGGACUUUAAGAAGAAAUACUUUGUUUUGUACUAGCUAGGCCCGCAGGCUGGCAACACUGCGCGGAGAUGGUGAUAUUACGACUAGGUCUAGCUCUAUGAUAAACGAUGUUAUGUGAAAUUGAUGGUUUAAGAAUCGUGACAUUGUAUCAUUGGUUACCAUAAGCACUUAUAGUAUUUGAAAUAAAUAUUUACAUUGAA